AUGGUGGAUGCUCUUGACGAGUUUUUCUUUCGGAUGAGUUUUCAUGAGUUGAGCUUUACCUUGUCAAAUUUUGAUUGGGAAUACCCUUAUCUGAGCGAGAGAUUAUUGGAUUCGGACACUGGACACAUCUUACGUUUGGUACUUCAAAGUACCGAGCAAAGUAUUGCUCGGCAAUUAAAUGGAACUGUUCAUAUUGAUGAUAAUGUAGUACUAACAUGUCAAAUUCUGCACAUUGUACUGGACAAUCCUGAGAUCGUACUGGACAAUCUUGAGAUUGUACUAGACAAUCUUAAGAUCGUACUUAUCUGUAUUAUGUCUGCUUAUACAAUUUCUGCACGAUUAUCUGAAUUCUGUAAGGCUACUCUUCUGAUGUUCUGGGAAAGAGAUGGAAGUCUUGGACUAGCCGUUCAGUGUUGGAUCAUUCCAUUCUGUGUGAUUAUGGAUCUGCUAGAUCCAGAUAUGAUUGAUGGGCAGAGUGCUAGUCAGGCAGCUCCUAUGAGCAGUACUGCCCCAGUGAUGAUGAGCGAGACUCAGAAUAGAGUAUCUACUGUUCGAUUUGAAGAUGCAGAUAUACAUCUACAAAUGUUUCUGAGAUUGAAGCCUUCGAGGUUUGAGGGCACUGUUGAGCCUAGAGCAGUAGAGGAUUGGUUGAGGAGGUUGGAAAAGACAUUUGACGGUAUGCAAUAUCCUCCGGAUAGGAAGGUACCAUUAGCAGUUUUUCUGUUGGAUGGCGAGGUAGAGCGCUGGUGGAUGGGCCAGCAGGAGGAGAAAUUUCAAGCAAAUGCAGGAGAUUUUUCUGAGGUUGGUUCAGGGGAGCGGGACAGUUAUACAUUGGUGAGUACUUCUGCUGAGAAAUGCUAUAGAUUUUCGAGGGGACUACGAGAUAGUCUGAGGCAACCCCUGAAACCAUUUCAUAUUUCUAAUUUCUCUGAGCUUGUGGAGAGAGCUCAUUUGAUAGAGAACGAUCUGAUGGCUACUCAGCAGCGGUGGACUGCUAGUAAGAAGAGGUUCAGUGGUGAUGCUUCUGGCAGUGAUUUUUCUAGAAAGAAGAGAUUUGUUUUUGGAGACUCCAGGAGGAGUGGAAAGUUAGGGUCCACUACUAUUUCUGGUAGUGGUAGUGUGACCAGUUCUGGGUCAGUCAGUGGGGCACCUGUGUGCCAGAGUUGUGGACGAAGACAUUUUGUCCAGUGUUACAGGAUGAAUGGUCAUUAUUUCAGAUGUGGUCAGCCAGGACAUCAGAUAGCAAAGUGUUCACAUGCUAGAUUUGAUCGACGAUCUGAAUCUAGAUCUGAGAGUUUUGUUAGACCUGCCGGUCUAGCAGGAAGGCCGAUGACAGUUCCUCCAUGUACUAUUUCUAAAGGAGGAUCAUAUGGUAGAACUGGUGGUUCAGGUUCUGUAGCGAGGAGACCACCUAGUGGAAAUCAGAGGGAGCCUAGUAGUUCUGUAGCUUCAGCUCCAGUUCAGCUACGUGUGUACAGCUUGAAUCAUCAAGAGGCUCGAGAUGUUCCGGAUGUAGUGACAUGUAUGAUUUUCAUUUUCGAACAUCCCUAUCAUGUUUUGUUUGAUUCUAGAGCCAGUCACUCGUUUAUUUCCGAGCGUUGUUUUGAUGCUUUGCAUUUGGAUUCUGUUAUGCUACCUGUUUCACUUUCCGUUCUUUUGUCGGCUAGGAAUAAUUUGAUUGUCCGGAAGUUUUGUUUUUGUGAGAUUGAUAUUUCUGUCAGAAGAAUGUGGAAGAAGGGUUGUACGGUGUUUUUGGCUUCAGUACGAGAUAUGAAUAUAGAUACAGGUUCUAUUUCUGAUAUCUCAGUUGUGCGAGUCUUUUUAGAUGUAUUUCCCGAGGAAUUGGUUGGAUUAUCUCCGGAUAGAUAUAUUGAGUUCUGUAUUGAUGUUUUUCUGGGUACAGCUCCAAUAUCUAAAGCUUCGUACAGGAUAGCACCGAAGGAACUUGCAGAGUUGAAAGUGAAGGUGAAGGAAGCUGAUGUGAUGAAAAUAGCUUUCAGUACUCGGUAUGGAAACUAUAAGUUUUUGGUUAUGCCAUUUGGGGUAACCAACGCACCGGCUACUUUUAUGGAUCUGAUGAAUAGAGUGUUCAAGGAUUACCUGGAUCAAUCAUGCCAGACAUUUGAGGAGUGUGUUGGAGAUGUUGAGGCAGCACCAAUUGUAGCUAAAUUUUUUAAGUGCGAAUUCUGGCUGAAGAGCAUUUCUUUUAUGGGGCAUGUGGUAAGCGAUGAAGGUAUUUCUGUUGAUCCCCAAAAAAUUCAUGCUGUUGCCAAUUGGCCAAGGCCUACUACAAUAUUUUACAUACGUAGUUUCUUGGGUAUGAUCGGAUAUUAUAGAAAGUUUGUGUCUCAGAUUUCUGCACCUCUGACAAGACUGACUCAGAAGUCAGUAGCUUUUGGUUGGACAACAGAGUGUGAAACUAGUUUUCAGAGAUUGAAGGAUUAUUUGACUUCUGCUCCAGUGUUAGCACUUCCAUCUGGUACGGAAGGAUUUCAGACAUUCGGUGAUGCUUCACUAAAAGUUUUGAGUUAUGUUCUGAUGCAGCAUGGUCAGUAUCAGCCUGGUAAGACUAAUGUGAUAGAAGAUGCUUUGAGUAGGAAAUCAUCUGUACUAUCAUAUGUUCAGCUCACUUCUGAUAAAUAUCUGAUACGAGACAUGAAAAGAUUACAACUGGAGGUGAUUUCCUCUUCUGGUUUGGAUGCUGGCAUUUUGACUCAGAUGAACAUUCAGUCUUCUUUGGAAGAGAGGAUUCAUGAAGCUCAAAAGUCAGACUCCGAAUAUUUGAAGUUGAUUGCUCAUAUUGAAUAUGGUAAGAAACAUGAACUACUACUUUCUGAUUAUGGUAUUAUUUUCUACAAGAAUAGAUUAUGGAUUCUUAUGUUUGGAGAUUUGAGGAAAGAGAUUCUACACGAAUCUCAUCAUUCAGGCUAUACUAUUCAUCCAAGAAGUGGUAAGAUGUACGGAGAUAUGAAAAGUUUUUUUUGGUGGCCUGGAAUGAAAAAGGACAUAGCAGAGUUUGUUUCGAAAUACGAAGCCUAUCAGUUAGUGAAGAUGUCUGAUAUACAUAACGUGUUUCACGUAUCCUCUUUGAAAAAGUGGAUAUUUGAUUUUGAAAAGAAACUUUCUGCUGAUGAUGUGGAGAUUCAGGAGAAUCUGCAGUACAAAGAGGAGCCUAAAAAAAUUUUAGCUUAUGAUGUGCGCAAGUUGAAAAGUAAACAAAUUCAUAUGGUUAAGAUUCAGUGGAAACAUAGAAUAACAAGAGAGGCUACUUGGGAGAAGGAGUCGGAUAUGAGACAGUUAUAUCCGCAUCUGUUCUGA